CGGAGCUCGCCGAGUCCCGCGGCCUGAGGACGACUAUAUAGCACGCAGAAUGAUACAGCAACCUAUCGGUCGAAGCUGCCGUUUAGUACAAGGAGAGCCUAUUUCUCCCUUUGUCUUUUAAAAGAAACAUUCUUGAGGAAAAAACAGUGAAUGUUGGAAGCAGCGGAGAACCACGGAUCGCGAAAUGUUGCGAUGGAAGGCGCAGACUUCGACUCGCCGUACUAAACAGGAAUAUGAAGUACUUCGCGGGAUUGAGAUCACCGAGAGUCAAAACUUGUCGCCCUGGAAUAUCAAAAAACGGAGGAAUAUAAGAUCGUGGAUAGCAAAACACACAGCCCAGUCUCCUCAACAUGGCCUCGGCUGUUAAUGACUCCUCGGAGCAGGAAAACAGGCACCCCGAUCGGCCGAGGAUAACUCGGAGGAACAGGGGGAACUAUCGCUCAACGGCAACGGAUCUGGAAUAUUUGCAACGGCCGAGUUAUUGUGAUGCAGCUUUUGCAUUGGAGCAAAUAUCACAGGGGAACGCGACCGGGAGAAAGGCACCGCUGUGGCUAAGAGCAACAUUUCAAAGACUCUUAUUUAGACUGGGAUGUUACAUACAAAGGAACUGUGGAAAGUUUUUCGUUGUCGGCCUCUUGAUAUUCGGAGCUUUCGCUGUUGGUUUGAGGGCAGCUAAUCUAGAGACCGAUGUGGAGAAGCUUUGGGUGGAAGUGGGGGGCAGGGUAAAUAGGGAGCUGCAGUACACCAGGCAGCAGAUGGGGGAGGAGGCCAUGUUCAGCCCGCAGCUCAUGAUCCAGACCCCCCGAGAGGAGGGAGCCAACAUCCUCACUGUGGAGGCGCUACGGCAACACCUAGACUCCGCCCUCAGGGCCAGCAGAGUGCAAGUUUACUUGUACAACAGACAGUGGAAUUUGGAACAUUUAUGCUACAAGUCAGGAGAGCUGGUGACGGAGGCGAACGUCAUGGGUCAGAUCAUCGAAAAGUUAUAUCCGUGUUUAAUUAUCAGCCCUUUGGACUGCUUCUGGGAAGGCGCGAAACUCCACUCAGGAAUGUUCUAUCUUCCAGGCCGGCCCCCCAUGCAGUGGACAAACUUUGACCCCAUGGAGUUUCUGGGGGACCUGCGGGGGAUGAACUGGGAGGUGGACAGCUGGGAGGAGAUGCUGCAGAAGGCCGAGGUCGGACACGGGUACAUGGACCGACCCUGCCUGAACCCGGCUGACCCUGACUGUCCCCCCACCGCCCCCAACAAGAACACCACACGGCCCUAUGACAUUGCACGCGUGCUGACGGGUGGCUGCCGUGGCCUCUCCAGGAAGUACAUGCACUGGCAGGAAGAGCUGAUCGUGGGCGGGGCCAUCAAGAACGGCAGUGGCAGACUCCUGAGUGCUCAGGCCCUGCAGACCAUGUUCCAGCUCAUGACUCCUAAGCAUAUGUAUGAACACUGGAAGGGCUACAGUGACGUCUCCCUCAUCAACUGGAACCAGGAGAAGGCAGCCGCCAUACUGGAGGCCUGGCAGCGCAAAUACUCAGAGGCUGUCCAGGAGAGCGUUCCCAUUAACUCCUCCCAAAAGGUGCUCACGUUCACGACUACUACCUUAGAGGACAUCCUCAAGAGCUUCUCCGACAUCAGCGUGAUCCGCGUCGCCAGCGGUUACCUGCUCAUGUUGGCGUACGCCUGCCUGACCAUGCUGCGCUGGGACUGUGCUAAGUCCCAGGGGGCCGUGGGGCUGGCGGGCGUGCUGCUGGUGGCGCUGUCCGUGGCGGCGGGACUCGGCCUCUGCUCGCUGCUCGGAAUCUCCUUCAACGCCGCCACCACUCAGGUUUUGCCCUUCCUCGCUCUCGGUGUGGGAGUGGACGACGUCUUCCUCCUGGCUCACGCCUUCAGCGAGACGGGCCAGAACAAACGCAUUCCGUUUGAGGACAGGACGGGGGAAUGUCUGAAGCGGACGGGAGCCAGUGUGACCCUGACCUCCAUCAGCAAUGUGACCGCCUUCUUCAUGGCAGCACUCAUCCCCAUCCCAGCACUGAGAGCCUUCUCCCUACAGGCAGCAGUUGUGGUCGUGUUCAACUUUGCCAUGGUCCUGCUCAUCUUUCCCGCCAUCCUCAGCAUGGACCUCUACCGCAGGGAGGAGCGACGCUUCGACAUCUUCUGCUGCUUCGUCAGCCCUUGCGCCAACCGGGUGAUCCAGAUGGAGCCCCAGGCCUGCCUGGACGGGACCAACCGAGGCCGCUACACCCCGCCGCCCUCCUACGUGACCCCGCCGCCCUCCUACGUGACCCCGCCCCCGUCGUACAGCAGCCACAGCUUCGCGCAGCAGACGCAGAUCACCAUGCAGUCCACGGUGCAGCUGCGCACCGAGUACGACCCGCGCACCCAGGCCUACUACACCACGGCCGAGCCCCGCUCCCAGAUCUCCGUGCACCCCGUGCCCCCGCCCGCGCCCGCCCCCGCCGCCAACCUCAACAACAGCAACGCGGCGGGGGCCAGAGGCUCCGCCCCCCGGGCGCCGGGGCCCGACGCGGCCAGCUGCCACUCCCCCGAGAACUCCAGCUCCACCCGCGACCUCCUGACCCCCACCGGCCCCACCCUGCGCUGCCUGGAGCCGCCCUGCUCGCGCUGGACCUUCGCCUCCUUCGCCGAGAAGCACUACGCCCCCUUCCUGCUGCAGCCCACCACCAAGGUGGUGGUGAUCGUGCUGUUCGUGGUGCUGCUGGCCGUGAGUCUGUACGGCACCACGCGCGUCCGGGACGGCCUGGAGCUCACCGACAUCGUGCCGCGCGAGACCAGCGAGUACGACUUCAUCGGCGCCCAGUUCCGCUUCUUCUCCUUCUACAACAUGUACGUGGUGACGCAGCGCGCCGACUACGCCCGCAAGCAGCCGCUGCUCUACGACCUGCACCGCCGCUUCGCCAGCGUCAAGUACAUCCUGCGCCAGGACCAGGGCCAGCUGCCCCCCAUGUGGCUGCACUACUUCAGAGACUGGCUGCUCGGCCUCCAGCAGGCGUUCGAUCGGGACUGGGAGGCGGGCCGGAUCACGCAGGCCAGCUACAAGAACGGAUCAGACGACGGCGUCCUGGCCUACAAGCUGCUGGUGCAGACGGGCCGCAGAGACAAGCCCAUCAACAUGAACCAGCUCCGGAGGCAGAGGCUGGUGGAUGCUAACGGGAUCAUUAGCCCCGGGCCCUUCUACGUCUACCUGACGGCCUGGGUGAGCAACGACCCCGUGGCCUACGCCGCCUCUCAGGCCAACAUCCAACCCCACCCCCCUGUGUGGCUCCACGACCCCACCGACUCCAUGCAGGACACCCGGCUCAGCAUCCCUGCCGCUGAGCAGAUCGAGUACGCACAGUUUCCCUUCUACCUCAACGGUCUGCGGGAGACGGCGGAGUUUGUGGAGGCCAUAGAGAGUGUGCGGGCGGUGUGCAGUAACUACAGCCUGCAGGGCGUGCCCAGCUACCCUAACGGCUACCCCUUCCUGUUCUGGGAGCAGUACGUGGGGCUGCGGCACUGGCUGCUGCUCUCCAUCAGCGUGGUGCUCUUCUGCACCUUCCUGGUGUGCGCCCUGUUCCUGCUCAACCCCUGGACCGCCUGCAUCAUCGUGCUGGUCCUGUCUCUGAUGACGGUGGAGCUGUUUGGCAUGAUGGGUCUCAUCGGGAUCAAGCUGAGCGCCGUUCCCGUGGUGAUCCUCAUCGCGUCCGUGGGGAUCGGGGUGGAGUUCACCGUGCACGUGGCCCUGGCCUUCCUGACCGCCAUCGGGGACCGGACGCGGAGAGCGGUUUUGGCGUUGGAGCACAUGUUCGCCCCGGUGCUGGACGGGGCCUUCUCCACCCUGCUGGGGGUCCUGAUGCUGGCGGGGUCAGAGUUCGACUUCAUCGUCAGGUAUUUCUUUGCGGUGCUUACCAUCCUCACGGUUCUGGGCGUGCUGAACGGGCUGGUUCUGCUUCCUGUCCUGCUGUCCUACUUCGGACCCUAUCCUGAGGUGUGUCCGGUGGACGGGCGGAGCCGGCUGCCCACCCCCUCCCCGGAGGCGCCCCCCCACACGCUGCGCCUCCCGGCGCGCCCCGCCCGGCCCGCCGGGGGCACGGGCUCCGACUCCUCCGACUCCGAGUACAGCUCCAGCACCACGGCCUCGGGGGCCAGCGACGAGCUGCAGUACACGCUCAGGACCAGCAGGGGGCGGCCCGGGGAACACGCCGCCCCCUACCCAGCCCCCACCUCUGUCCACUUGGACCACAGGCAGCAGCAACAACAACAGCCCCGGCCCCGCCCACCUGGUCACCACCAGGAGGCGGGAUCUCAGGCGCCGUGGCGACACAGUAGCAGGGACUCCAAGAGGGAGGCGGGUCGGGCUAGCCGUCAGCAGCAGCAGCCUCCGCCUCCCCGGCCGCGCAUGGACGCUUUUGAAACUGCUACUGAGACCGGCGGCCAUUUUGGCUCCGGCAGUCAUUCCGGCUCUAGCGGCCAUCCCGGCUCCGGCAGCCGCAGCCACCCUCACAGCACACACAACCCCACCUUCGCUGCUGCUGCGGGCCCUGUCUACUGUCAGCCCAUCACCACGGUGACGGCCUCCGCCUCGGUGACGGUCGCCGUGCACAGCCCUGCUUACGCGCCCUACCCCUCGUCCGGGGGGCACCACCGCUCCGACCCCUCGGACCCUAACCCCCCCUUCCAGGACCCUCACGUGCCUUUCGAGAAUCGCUGCACUACCGGCGACUGCCAGCAGGAGGCGAUGGAGCUGCAGGACAUUGAGUGCGACACUCAGAGCGACAGCGACAGGAGCCGAGCUGUCAGCUGAGACGGUGUCUCCUGAAGCAGAGGCCAAAGAUGGGGGCAGUCCUCCUCGUCCGUCAGCGGGGGGCGCUGUGGAGCGCAGUGGCACAGGGUGGAGCGCUCGACACUUACUGUAACCUGGUGUAUCGUCGUGUCAGAUAUUUAUACUUAUAUUAUUAUAUAAGUAUUUAAAAGAUAUACACUUAUGUAAAUACAAAAAGAGAAAAAAGUAGCUAUAAUUUUAGGAGCUGUACAACUCCUGUGUAACAGUCUGGAGACGUUGUUGCGUGUGUGUGUGUGUGUGUGUGUGUGCGGAACGUGUGUGUGUGUAUGUGUGUGUGUGAGAUCAAUAAUUACUGUUCAUUCAUCUGUUUAUCUGUGCCAUGAGGAAGCUUCAACUACAAACACACUUCAGCAUGCACACAUGGUUGCUGCUUAAAUAUUGUGUAAUGUACAUGUAUAAUUCUAUGCAAAUAUUGCUUGUAUGUUAUAGGAUUGUGUGAGUGUGAGUGUGAGUGUGUGUGUGUGUGUGUGCUGGAGCUAUGGACUGUCAUGUGGAUUGGGUUUGAUGUUGAGAAUUCAGGACAGUUACAAAUCCCACCCGUAUCUACUGUGUCUGUGAAAUUGCCAGUGGAUUCCCAUUUAGCAUGGACACAGUGGAACCAUAUUCCAUUCUAAUGAUAAACCUCAAGGUUAUACUGUAUGUACUAGUUUCUUUUUCCUCCUAAAUUUUGGGGGAUCUGGGGUUCCUUGUAGAAUUCUGAAUGAUGGAAAAAUCAUUGCAAGUUCUUGUGGACAUUUUGCUGAAACUAAACACAUCUUGUGGAUGUAGAAACACGGUCAGAAAUAUUUGUGAAACAGGAUUCAGGAGGGAGGGGUUGAGAGCCCUGUGCCUUGCUCCAGUGUGUGCGAGAGAGUGUGUGUGUGUGUGUGUGUGUGUGUGCGUGCGUGUGUGUGCAUUCAUGUUAAUUUAGAAGGUGUUAAGGUACGCAUCUUUUUGUUUUAAUUUUCAUAUCACAGAUCUGUGGUAGUGACUGUUUUAACUGACACACGCUAUGCGUGAUAUUUAAAACCAGCAGAAAUGAAGAGCGGCGCGUUCAUCCUUGUGACCCUUACUCUGUAGCUCUUGUUCUCGUUGACUUUUCUUUUGUUCCUCUUUUGUUUUUUCAUUGUUAAUUUAGUGACAGGCCCUAAGUGCACAACCUGACUGUCCCAGAGAAACACUGCCAAUCUCUGUCCUCCUCUACUGUGAUGUCGUAAUGUUCUGUUUUGUGUCAUAAUGCCUUAGGACAAGGACAAGGGCUCCUCUGCCAUUGUAGCUCUUAAUUUUUUUCUCUGGUUUAUAAAGUACAGGGCCUUCAAAAGUCCCAACUUUUGGCCUCAAAUCGACUUGUCUGUUGGGAGAACAGCUAUUGAAUUCAUUUUAUACUAAAAAAAAAUCGAAAGACUAACGCGUGGGGCGUUAAAAGCUGCUUCUCAGCCACAGUCAUAAAAGGUGCUUCUUCCCAUCCUCAUCCUGUUUUUUUUUAUUUUUAAAUAAUGUAAUUUAUUUUAUUUUUGUUAUUCACAAAUGCUGCCCUUCUUCCUCUUGUGACGUUAAGUACUGUUUAGUUUCAGAGUUAUAAGCUAUAGUGUUUUUCUGACCCGGUGUGGUACUUGACUGCAUUACGUAUUGUGUUCGUAAGACAUUUUGUCCUCGAGGAGGUGCCCCCACCCCACCCCCCACCUCGUUUGGAUAAGCUACUAUGACAAGCGUGCUGAGGCUGACUCUCUCCAUUCAGCAGCAGGCCAGACCACUGGGCUCAGUGUAGUGCCAGCGGUUCUCCACUGACCUCACCUCAUAACAAUGCACAACAUAACGGCGUGACACUAAUUGGAAGCUCCCACUCAACUGCCAAAUGGUACGUUCUGGGGGUCAGGGGUCACGGAGCCCCCUGCCAGAGUGAGGCUGGUGUUUUUGUGUCAGUCACCCCUCUCUAAUGCCCCCCCUCCCUCCUUUCCUCUCAAUUUGACUUCCUGCCCCCCCCUGUUUGUCCCCCCCCCCCAUCCUCAGAACGUCUUUUGUCUUCUGUCAUUUUCCCCCUUUUCCGGAAUUUUUUUGGUUUUGUUUUUCGUUUGUCUUUUAUGUUCAGUCUGCUGCUUCUGUGAAAAUGUGCUUUUUUUUUCUUCUCCUGACAUCACAUUGACAGAAAGGAGAGUUCCACGGCUGGCAACUAUUUUACUUUUUUAGUUUGUUUUGUUUUUAAUAUUUUAUUAUUUUUUUACUUUGUUUUUUUUUGUGAUAUUUAUAUUUUUGUAUUAUAAGAUGUUUUUUGUUUGUUUGUUUCUUACAUUAUUGGUCAUAAUGCCAGUUUAUAACAAAUGCAGGGAUUUUUACUUCUAUUGAAAAAAAAACACUAUUACAGUUAUGUUUUUACUUUAAUGGAGAUUGAUCUGUAUAAAGUGCUUACUAAUGUUAAAUAGGAAAAGAGUAUAUAACAUUUCAUUACAGACUCAUCAUAGCUCUUAGAAUGAGGAUUUUAAAAGGAGAAAAAUAUUCAAUAUGGUCACACUGACUGCCAUUUUUUCUUGGUAGGAGUGGAUGUAUGUCAUUUCAGUUACAAAGAUAAAUGUAUGCCAUAUAAUUUAUUUAUAUGAAAAUUUAUUUUUGUAGUGUACAUAGUAGUUGUCAAGUUAUUUGACAGAAGUAUAUUUUUAAAGAGUUUAUAUGUAAUGAUACCAUUUUGUUGGAACACAACAGAGAAACAGUUACGGUGUACGCUUUCAUUGCUAACUUAACUCUCAGACAAAAAAGGUCCCCUACAGUAUUAUAGGAGAGUGAACAUUCACGAAGCUGUGUUGGGUUUGUGAAAGGCUAGCCAUGAAAGUAGAAAUUGUACUAGCUCUCUAAAUAUUAAUGUUCAAACACUGAUAGAAUUCUAACAAAUAAAAAUAUAACUUAUUUGUCUCUUGUUUAUAACUUUAAUAAAAAUGAAUCUUAAAGGAA